AUGGUGGAUUACGAGAAAGAAGUCGAGGCCGCCACCUCAUCAGUCCUGUCGACGACGGCAUCAUCAGACCGCGAUGAAAACUACGAUUUCUAUCGUCAGAAUCGCGGUCUUGAGUAUACCCCGGAAGAGGCGAAAAAGACUUUACGAAAGAUUGAUAGGCGGCUCAUCCCGUUAUUCGUUCUGGUCUUCGCAGAUGCUCAUAUCGCGCAGUAUUUGGAUAAAAACAGCAUCAACUUCGCCUCGGUCUACGGCCUCAAACAAGGAACCCAGCUUAAAGGGCAGGAUUACUCGUGGCUGAGCUCCAUCUUCUAUUUUGGCUACCUGAUUGCUCAGUGGCCUGCCGGCCUGGCUUUCCAAAAGCUGCCGGUCGGAAAGUUUCUCGGCAGCACCACGAUAGUAUGGGGUGGCCUGCUCAUGACCACGCCGGCAUGCCACAACUUCGCCGGCAUCGCCAUCAACCGUUUCCUCCUCGGCCUUGUUGAGGCCGUCGUCAACCCAGGUUUUGUGCUUAUGAUGAGUAUGUGGUACACAACCCGUGAACAGCCAUUGCGCCUGGAAUCUUACUACUGCACCAACGGUAUUGCGACUAUGUUUGGCGGGCUGAUUGGCUACGCCGUGGGUCAUAUUUCAACUGGUCUACCGCGCUGGAUGUAUGUAUUCCUCAUUUUUGGCGCAUUCUCGGUCGUCAUCGGGAUUUUUGCGCUGUGGUUACUCCCUGAUCUGCCAUCGACUGCCAAAUUUCUAUCCGAGCGCGAGCGUGUAAUCGCCGUCGACCGCGUCGCGAUUAAUCGGCAGGGAGUAAAGAGUCACAAGUUCAAGUGGUACCAAGUCUGGCAAGCUGCCCGAGAUCCCAAGACAUGGCUACUUUUCAUCAUGGCCGUGGGUGCACAGGUGCCCAACUCAGCAUUGACGAGUUUUACCUCGAUCAUCGUCGGCACCUUCGGCUUCGACACUCUUGGUACCCAGUACCUCCAGAUCCCCGGCGGCGCAGUCAAUUUCCUCACGCUCUUGAUUGGCGGGUGGAUUGCGACCAAAUAUGCCGACAGAUUCCACUCGAGAAGUGCAUGCAUGAUUGUCGCCAAUUUAACUUGCAUUUUGGGGUCAGGCUUGCUGGUCGGACUGCCAGACUCAAAUAAAUGGGGCCGCCUCGUUGCGCUUUGGCUGUGUUAUUUCCAGGGUCUCGGCUUCAGCAUGAGUCUCACAAUUGUCAGCUCCAAUAUUGCUGGCUAUACCAAGAAGCAGGUCACUGGUGCGCUCCUGUUCACUGGAUACUGUGUCGGCAAUAUUAUUGGUCCCCAGACGUUCAAGGAUAGCGAGGCCCCAGGAUAUCACAGUGCUUAUAUUGCGAUGCUUGCUGGAUAUGCGGUCAAGACAACUGCCAUUGUGGCGUUGUAUUUGUAUAUGUACUUCGAGAACAAGCGACGCGAUCGUGCGGCGCUUGAGAGUCAGGAGUCUGAGGGCGAUGGUGUUGAGAAUGGAAUGCUGGAUCAAACUGAGAUUGAUAACAAAGCUUUCCGUUAUGUUUUGUAG